UAAUUUACGUAUAAAAUUAUUCAAGCAGAUUUUUCUAAUAUAUUAAAUAUAGAUGUAUAGUUUUUUAAAACUAUUGUAAAGUAGUUGAGUUCUUAAGGAAUAUUAAAAUGACGACAAUUCUCUAUACAAUGGCGUAUUUCAUAUUUUUCUCUGUAUAUAUACAAAUUGAAGCACCAACCUGUUCAAAAAUGAAAGCGGCAUAUAUAAAAAACUUUUUGGGAACUGCUCAAUGGAAAAGUAUACAUGAAGUUGAUUUUAUUACUUAUUGUGGACACGAUUAUUAUCAAGAUGAAAUAGAUAGGAUAGAUAUUACACCUGAAAGCUCCUGUAAACAUAUGCGAUUAGCUACAAUAUCUUUAGGAUGUUCAUAUGCAAUAAUUUUAAAAAGAAUUUUCGUAUUUAUAUGUUACUUUCAAGAACAUUGUGGAUCAUUGCUACAUAGUAAAAACCAACAUGUCAAAGCGAUCCAUUGCACCAUUAUGUUAUUAAAUACUAUUUCUAUUAUCUUCUAUCCGUUAGUAAUACUAAUGAAAGGAGCUUUAGAUUCUAUGGACAUAUUACAUAUUGAGCCUUGGACAAAAGGUUCAAAACAUAACUAUAUAUUGAAUAAAUUGAUACCAUCCUUAUUAGAUGAGUCUUUUUUAAAUUUAUUAUCACCUUCAACAAUCAAUGCAUCGAAUACAGAAAGUAAAUUAAUUAUAAUAAAAAAAUUUUUCUCCACAAGACGCAAGGAACUAAAUGUUGAAAUGAAAUUUUGUCAUUUUAAAUACGACAUUGAUUAUACUUCAGAUUUUCAAAUAUUAAAUAACGAAUAUGAUAAUAUAAAAACAAAUGAAAUCGAAGAAACUGCAGUACUGGAGUUUUAUCAUUUUUUAAGAAUAAAAAUCGAAAAUGUAGCACAAUGGACAAUCAAAAACAGAUAUGAAGACUUAGGUUUUCAGUGCAAAUUAAAUACCUACGAGACAUUUUUACCAUCACUGCAAGAACAGGCGAAAUCCAAAAGUAAAAAAAGUUCAUCCGAAAACUUAACUCAAAAAUUAGCAAAUGAACACUUUGAAGAAGAAAUGAAUAGAAUUUCAUUAGUAAAUUUAUCUCAAACAUUAUCACAAGAAAAUUCUGAAGAAAAAUUCAUUGGAUCUUCAUCGGAAAAUUUAGUUUAUACAUUACCACAUGAAAAUGUUGAAGAAGACGCAAUGGAAUCAAAUGUAGAUGGCAACUUAUUACUCGAAAUUCCCGAAAAGUGGAGGACAGUUAACAUGUAUAUUUAAAUUCAUUUUUAUGUAUCAUCAAUGCGAAGCUGAAAAGGUAUUCAUUUUGAGGUUUUUUUUGUCUAUUCUCACGCACUUAAACGUAGUUUUGGAAAAAACAGUAUUCAUAGGCGCAAGUAAGUUAAGGUUAGUUGUUACACUUCAACAGCGCGAUAACAACAACGAUAUUCAUCCCAUUUCUUGUGUAUCUAAAAAGUUAACGUCCGCCGUAUUUAAUUAUUCUGUAGUGGAACUCGAGGUUUUUAGCUGUUCAUUUUGCGUUUACCCAUUAUAAACAGUAUAUACAUGGUAGAAAAAUUGAGGUUUGGACUGACUCUAAAAAUUUAACAAGUUUUAUGAAUAUAGAGCUGAAUCAUAUGUUAUUAACAGAGUACGAACGAAAUUAAUGGGCUAUGAUUUUUAAGUAAAAUAUAAAAAAGGUAUUUUUAAUAAGGCCGCGGAUCAUUUAUCGCGUUAUACCAGUUCAAAGGAACUAAUUAAUCAUUUGAAUUUGAAUAUUGAAAAAAUAUUUUUAUAAUAAAUGUUGUUCAACCUAUUAAUAUUGCUGUAGAAGAACAAGCAAACUACAUGUACUUGCAUAAUAUUAUAAAAGCUAUUAAAAACGUUGACUUAUCAGAUUCGUUUUAUUUUAAAUAAAGCCGAUAAUUACAAAAUUAAAAAUAAUGAUGUACUAUAGUACAAAACUAAAGUUAGACAUAUACAUAUUUACGCGGUCGCUUUACCUUAAAAUUUUUUU